AUGGCUCCUCUGCGCUUAUUACAGACGCAAGUCAAGGUACAAAGAGAAGAAGAAAAAAUAUUGGAGCUUCGACGAGAAGAUGAAAACCGAUUAAGACUUGACGAUUACCACAAGAAACUUGACUUACAGUUGCUCUCAACGGGGAAAGAAAACAAAGCUGCCACUAAAGACUUCUUUCCUUUUCUCUCCAAAGAAAAUUUUUUUAAUCUGACACCAGAUCAUAGAUUACUAUCGAAUCCAAAUCAGAAACCUAAAUUAUUAGAUUUGGCAUCACAACCUAAGAUUCAUCGAUUACUUCCCGUAGAAAGCGACAUCAAUCUAUCAAAAAAAAUUCUUGAGGAAAUUGAAGUAAAUUUGCAUACUGAUGUAGUGGUCCCUGUUGCUAAUGAUUAUUUUGCCAAAGGAUUUCUUUUGAAGAAAGAUGAAGUUUACAAGAAGGAAAAGAUUCGUGCUACUAAGAGAAGAACUCCAGAAAUUCAGAGGCCUAAAAGAAUUUGGAGAUAUGAUAAAAAAGAAGCAGAAGAAGAAUCGAAAAGGACUAACUUAGACGAAAAUAAUGAGAAGGAAGAGCAAGAGUCUGACUUCGAUUCUGACACUUCUGAAACAGCUGAUGAUUCUCCCGAAAAAUGGAAAGGAAAAAAGCGAAAAAAAACACACAGGCCUCAACAAAAAGAUAAAUUUGUAUUAGAUCUUAGCCAUGUUGAAAAAUUUCAGAUCAAUAUUGACACCGAUGAAAGCAUAGAUGAGAUAGAUCCUGACAAAGUGACCAUAGCAAAGCCAGAAGCAUAUCGGCAUCAAGUCAAUGCUGAUAUUGUACAAGAAUGGAUUGAUCGUAUCGGUCGUUUAAGCAGUCCAAUUAAUUGCGUCGAACCAAACGAACGGAUACUUCUCGUUGCAGAACCAUCUGACAAAUCGGAUGAUACGGUAGAACGAAAGUCUGAUCAAACCAAUACAAAUAAUCAGUCAAAGGAUGUUUCAUCGCGUAAUAAUGCAGCGAAUGACGAUAUUUUGGAUGGCACAACUGAUGUAGAAGUUCCACUUAAUUCAGAAGGACAAAAUACUCGGCUGAAUCCAACGUUCCACUCACCAGUCUCUGCAUCUGUUAAUGCAUUACCAAAGAUGGUGACUGAAAGGUCAAAAGAGAAUCCCUCAUGGAAAUUGCCAGAUAAGCGAGCGGAAGCAAGACUUAGCAGAACGCUUGAAAAUCCCACCAAUAUGCAACCACCAUCAAAUAUCGUUGCAGUGAACGGAUCCAGAAACCAUUUCCUGCCGAUAACAGAAAUGGAGAACGAAUGCGAGACUGAUGAAGUUGAAGACGCACGACAAACAUUACCACAAUUGUCUCCUGUGUGUCAUAUCGCCAAACGCAUCCAUCUUCCAUAA